UUUAAUCUCUUAUAAAUUAAAAUAUACUUUAUUUUUAAUCUAACUUUAAGUUAAUCGUAAAGGGUUUGAAUAAAACGUUAACACUUAUUAAUAAAAUGGCGAUUGUUGUCGGAUCGAGCUUACCACCACAAGUAGAAGGACAGCUUCGAUGCUAUCUUGUUGUUAAAGUAGAUGUUUUAAAAUGGUGCAUUCCAAGACCUCCAAAAGAUGUACAAGUUAAAAUUCUUUGGUGGGGGGAUACUUCUAACUGUGUUUUAUUGAGGCCAAUUGUAGAAAAUGGUAAUGGGUUAGAUAAUACUCACAAAUGUGUUGAGGCACAUUAUCCUGUUCGAUGUGGACCAAAGCAAUUUAAUGCAUAUUUAGCAGAUAUGAAGAGCUUGUUGUUUGAUGUUGUAUAUGGGCGUACAUGUGCAGACUUUGCCAAGAUUGAAGUACCAAAUAUUCACCAAGUUACUGCAAGCAAACCAAUUUUUGGUCAUUAUCCAUUGAUCUGCUCGACUGUGAAUUUGAAAAGAAAGCAGGUUGGCACAUUAUCCAUAACAAUUGCUUUCAAAUCAAUAUCAGAUACAUUUAACAUGGCAUCUUCAAUAAUCCCUACUACAGAUGAACAGUUUGAAGGAAUGCCUUUAAAACAACCAAAAAAGUUUCACAGUAAAAGUUGGAAUUCUAAAUCUAAAGAAACUAUUUCCAAAACAGAUUUUUCAUCUGUAAACAAUUCCAAGCAUAUAAAUAAAAAAACAGAGUUAGAAGAUCAGCAACAAGUUAAUUAUGAAACUCCUAAAGAAGUUGUGAAUCAUUCACCAGCAAAAAUAAUAAACAGUUCUCCUGGUAAAAUAGUUUCAACUUGUAUGUAUUCAGAUGCCACUUUAAAUAAGGAAGAAAGUGACAAUGUUUUAACUACAUUAUUGGUGAAAGGUCAGCAUUUGAGAGAUGCUAUGCUAAAAUCAAGCAUAAAUUCCAAGCUAAUUAGAUGCAAUGAAACUGAUGGUUUUAAGGAUCACAAUAAUGUUGAAAUUCAAAAAAUCCCAAAUCAAAAUCUUGUAGAAAUAAUGGAAAGAAAAACUAUUGAUCUUGUACUUGGUAAUGAAGAUGAAAUUUUAUUGGAGCAACUUUCAGAUCAUAGUGUCAUAGAAAGUGAAGAGGGAGAUCCGCUUCAUGAUUCCUCUUUAUUGUCAGAUCUUUUCUACACUAAGAAAAAAGAAAAUAAACUAGAUGAAAGUUCAGUUAUUUUAUCAGAAGAUUCUGGAGAAGAAACGUCUAUUCAUUCCUUAAAAAAACAAAGUAAAUAUUUUGAAAAUGAGGAUAAAGAUUUGCUUUGUGAAGAUAAUAAUGACAAUGGCAGUGUUGAUAGUAGUGACAAUAAUAGCAACAUUUUAUUAGAAUCUAAUAAAAUCUAUUUAAAAGAACCUAAAAAUAAUUUUAGCAAAGAAAAUUUGAGCAUAGAUCAGAUAACUAAUUUAAGUAAAGUUAAAUUUGCAAAAGUUCAUGUUCGAGAACUUCAUUUGUAUCAGUUUUAUGAAAAUUCAAUUUAUUAUGUCGAGUUUAAAUUUCCUGUUCACAAGAGCAUAGAAGUUGUGAGAUUAGUAUCACGCUCUAAAGAUGGCAAUUGUGUAAAAUUUGAUAGGUGCUUGGAACUACCAGUUAGUUUUAAUGAGGAAACAAUUAAUUAUUGGCUAAAUUGCCACAUUAGUUUAAAUCUUUUUGCAAAAUAUGGAAACAAUAAACCGGAUUUUUUUGGAAAUGGUUCUCUGAGCUUAAAGGAUGUUGCAAUAAACCAAAAUCUUGCUACUGAGUUCAUGAUUGAUAUGUUUGACAAACAUGCUAACAGUCACAAAGAUAAAUAUGUUUCGAUUGGGAAUUUGCAGAUUGUAAUAGAGCUGUUACCCAAUGUUAAUAAUUCUUCAAAUUAUUUACAAAAACCAGAGAAAAAUUUAAUUAGAAAUGAUGAAUGUAGUAAGUCCCUCCGAAUGCAUCAUGAAUGUAGUAAGUCCCUCCGAAUACAUCAUGAAAAAGAUAAAAUUUUGUUAGGGAAGUUAGACAAUGAGUUGCAAAAUCUCAUUGCAAUCUAUGAAGGAUCAGUGAAUUUUAAUGAAUGUUUUCAUUGGAAUCUAUAUUGUGUAUGUCGAGUUUUUUGGGUGGAUUAUGAGAUGAAAACAAAAGUGAUAUGGGGUUCAUGCAGUCCAAAGUUUAAUUUUGAGCAGAUUGUUUCAAUUAAAACAAAAAGUUUUCAUAAAACAGAGAAUAAUUAUUUGAUUAUAGAAUUAUGGAAUAAACCUUUAAAUCAAGGUAAAGAUAAGCUACUAGGUAUUUGUAAAGUACCACUUCAAACAUUAUUUACUGUAUUUAAAAAUUGUGAUCUUGCAGACAUCUUUCUAAAAUCACAGUGUCCAGUAAUUCUUUGUGAUAGCCAUAUGCCAGUUUUUGAUCUUAUUACUGGUAAAGAGAGUGGCAAUCUUAAACUGUUGAUUGCAGUUGGCUUACCUAAACAGAUAAGUUAUCUCCUUCAUAUGCACGUAUCUCAUCUCCAAAUGAAAGGAAUUGAUAGAAAAGUUGAUGUUACACAACUAAGUUCAAGUGUACUUCAUGAAAUUGAAAUUGCUGUUGAAAAACUAAACAUAGUUUUUUCAGAUGGGAGAGAUGCUGAAUGCUAUAUCAAGUACAAUUUUCCUAAGCAACUUUUUGGGGAUUUCAAAAUGUCUUAUUUUCAAACAAAACCAAGAUUAUUAAUGUCAAAUCCACAAACAGAUCGACACGUAUUUUCUCUUCCGUUUAACAUACAGUUACAACAAUGUUUACUUCAGUGUAUGAAUACCCACAGAUCUACAGAUAUCAUCUUUGAAAUAUGGAAACAAAGCUGUGAUGUUCAAAAAAGUGACUUACUUGUUGGGAAGGGAACAUUAGGAGUAUCAAAGAUUUUUUCAUUGUUUUAUGCCAGUAGUGGAAGUCCCAGCAUGCAGCAGUUGAGUAUUCCGAUUUUACAUGAUAAAAACCUUUGCAAGGGUUCCUUAGAACUAUCUAUUAAGUAUACUCUUCAUCAAGAAAAUCUUGCUACUGUAACCAAUACGAUAGAAACAGAGACUAUUUUUUUAUCUGCAUCAGUUAUGCGUUUGUGUGGGCUGAAGGAUGCUGUGAAUGAAGUAUUUAGGCACCACAAAUAUCAUGAUCAAUAUUUAGAAAAUGGAGUAAGAACAUAUGUGCGCUGUCAUUUAUCAUUUCUUUCAGAGACCUCAUUUGUAGAAAGUUGUGUUGUUGCUGCAUCACACUCACCCACAUUUAAUUUUCAAUAUGAAGUACCUCUAAAAGUUAACAAUGAAUCUGAUUUGCUGAUUGAAAUUUCAAAUGGUUAUCUAAUUUGUCAAGUUUUGACAAAUGAAGGCAAACCUAGUGAAACUAUCUUAGGAAAAGCAAAGAUUCCGCUGAAACAGCUUCUUACUCACAAUACUGGUGUUAAAGGGUGGUACUUAUUUAAGCUAUGUAAUGAAGAAAAGACAGUGACUGGUGGAGUCGAGUUGAAUAUUAGGUUUUUAAAUCCUUUUGAUCGAGACAAUUUAAUUAACUAUGGCAUGGGAAGGGGUUGGAUUCCCAAAUUUAUUGUACAGCAUCAUGAUGAAUCUUGGUUGCUAUCUACAGAUAAAAGGCUGUGUUUUUUCAUAAUUUCAAUCAAUCUACUUUUUCUUCCUAUGCAAGUCAUUGACAAUUUCUUAACUGAAAGAAGCUUUAUUUAUACUAGAUACAAGUUUUACGACCAAGGUGCUAUUCAAAGUAGGUUUUCAGGAUAUAGGAGAUUUAAUGAGUCUUUUUUAUCUGAAAUCAACCAUAUGCACCAAUUUCAAUUAAUACCAACUCCAACUUUAGCAUGGUAUUUAAGAGAGGAAAGUCUGGAAAUUGAGUUUUGGUUAAAUAAUAGUAGAUUAGAAAAUAAUGAGAAUUCUGAUAUUUUGAUUGGCUCUUCUUACAUAUGCUUGGAACAAUUUUCUCAUGAUCCUUACAGUGUUGAUACAAUAAGCGGGUGCUAUCCGUUGUUCAGAGCUGGAAGCAAGUGUAUAUGUCGCUCAAAUUGCAAUAUUACUGUUCAUUUUAAUGAAGAUAAAUCUAAUUACUUCAGAAGAACUGGUACACAAACAGUUAACAUUUUUUCUGAUCUUUUUUCCGAUCAAUUUAGUGCCCAAGUUCCAGUUUUUUUGAAUGACAAUAAAGAAAUGAGUGAGUCAAUAACACCUAAAAAUCUAGACGCACCAACAAUAUCAAUUCGAAUUGAAGAAGCUUUGCAUCUUCCAAAAGUCAACCACAAUAAAGAUAUUGUUUCCUUUAUUUAUGUAUCGUACACUAUUUCUGACAGGUGUGUAUUUACAAAUGUUAUACCCAAUAACAAGAAUCCAGUUUGGAAUUUUCAGAAAGAUGAAUGUUUUGAUCUUAGAUCACUUAAGAAUCAUGAAUUUUCAUUUACGGUAUGGAGGAGCUUAAAUAAGGACCCGAAUUCUGAAAUUGACAUUCUGCUCGGAACCGUGUAUGUGGAUGUUUCUCCACUGUUUUCUGGAAUGCGUGAACUGUUGGGUUGGUACAAUGUAAAAGACUGUAAUCGACAGAAUAAUGGACAAAUAAAAAUAGGAAUUGUUCCUUAUGUAUUGCUAUCACCUUCUCACUCAGCUAAGUUUUUUAAGAGUUUUAACACUGCUGUCAGUUUUGAUUUGACAUCCAGUAAAAAAGAUUCAUAUUAUGAUUCUAAUUUAAGCAAAUUAGAAUUAUUAGAUAAACUUCAUACAAAUUUACAAGAACUAGACUGUAUAACAAAAACUAUCAGAGAUUCUAGUCUGGUUAGUUAUGUUUCUCCUGUUUGUAAACCACAGUUUAGUGAAAAUACAAAAACUGAAAAUAGUUGCAUAAUCAAUGGCAAACAUAUAACAAAAACAAAAUUAAUCGAACCAUUAAGGUCUUUGGAUGUUAAUCUAGAUCGGCAAAAAAUAAAAAAUGAUGGCAUCUUUAAUAAAGAAGAACAAAAAGUUGAUGCUGAGAAACUUAGUUCAGACGAACAAAAAGUUGAGGAACUUAGUUCAGAUGAUGACACAGAUGAGCUUAUGAACCACCUUGAGGAAUUUAAAAAAAAGUACAACAGGUUAAAAGAGUUUAGUAACUUAGAGUUUGAGCAAGACUGGUUAAGUGACGAUGAUCAAAGUGUACUACCAUUAGAGUAUAAAGAAGAUAUUCCAUUUGUUGAAACUGAAAAUGACGUCAUUAAUGUCAGUGCAAAAACUUCAGCACGUGAUAUUGAUGAACAAGAUGAAAACUCUUCUGACUUAAUUCAAAAUGCAUAUUUAUUUCACUCAAUGGAGAAAAAAUGCCCCAAAGGUCUCAAUAAAUGCUGUAAUCCCAAUGAUAUAUUAUGCGAUGAUGAUCAAGUUGAUGCCUUGAACAAUAGAAAAACAUCCAAUAAAUCUAUUGAUCAGAGUAUUUGUAUGACUGACAGUAGCGUAUCAGAAAAGGGGAGGCAUGAAUUUUCUGAUUUACAUUUACUUGAAAAUAAUAUUCCAGAAAGUCAUACUAAAGAUGGCUUAACUGAAAUAAAAAAAAAACAUUUUGAAAUACCUAACUUCUUUAUGAAAUCUAAUGAAAUGGCAGAAUCAAUUAAAGCUCUUCGACUAGCUGCAAAAUUUAGCCAUCUACCACGUUCAAAAAAUAAGGACGUCAACGAAACAAGUGGUAUCGAGGUAAUUAAUAAAUAUUCUCCUGUUGACACCUUGGAGCUUGCACGGAGAGCGCAGAUAUUUUUAUCGAAAAACAAUCAAACGUGAAGUUAAAUAUUUUAGUUAAUUUAAAACAUUUUAAGAA